UAAAGUUGAUUUAUUGUGAAGAUAAGCCAAAUAAUAUGUAACUUGAAUGUGUUCGUCUUAAUAAAUUUUUGUAUCUACAUAACUAAACUAAAUAAAAUUCGUCUCCCAAUCAAAUUCGUAUUGCAAAUUGUCGAAAUUCUUUUUCCCUUCAAAGAAAAAGUCAUUUAUUAUAUUGAAAUUAUCGGAAAAAUGCGAUCCAUUAAAAUAUGUGCAUGUGUCACAUAUUGAAUAUUAACUUCUAUAUUUAGUAGAAUAACUUUGAACAUAACUUGAUUACUAUGCAAUUAUACGAUAAACAUACGAAAGUGCAUUUGCAAUAUAUGCACAAUGUGUUAUAUGUUAGUGUAAAUAAAAAUAAAUAAAAAAUAUAAUGGAAAUAAUACUAUUCACGUUAUCUCUAACUGCGAUUGUAUUGGACUUCACUGGUGCCCUUAAAAACGAUUCACGACAAACUGUAAGUUCUGUGCACGAAAUAGAAGCCUUAAGUGGAGAAACAAUAUAUCUUCCGUGUAACGUAAGCACCUACGACGAUGACGAAGUUGUCUUAAUUUUAUGGUAUAGAGAUGGUAAAAGCACCCCUAUAUACAGUGUCGACAUUCGAGGAGGAUACCGGAAAGCUGCAAAAAGAUGGUCAGACGACACAAUGUUUGGAGGAAGAGCGUAUUUCAUACUUGACAAGGGACCAGGGGCGUUGUCUAUUCAAGAUUCCAAAUAUUCUGAUUCAGGUAUCUACAGAUGCCGCGUCGACUUUCUUAAAGCCCAAACUCGCAACACUAAAAUUUCCCUUUUUAUCAUCGGCCCAGCAGAUAGAAUUUUAAUUCGAGAUGAUUCCAACAUUGAACGAUCCACUGUAGUGGGCCCAUACACCGAAGGUGACGUAAUUUCAUUAAAAUGUGAAGUUCUAGGAGGCAAACCCCUACCACAAAUACAUUGGUAUCGGGAUGGCAAUGAAAUUAACGCAAAAACUAAUGCUUCUCCAGAUGAAAAAGACGUGUGGAGUGUCGUAAUCCUUGGCCCGUUAGGCAGGGACGAUCUUAAUUCACGAAUUGUAUGCAAAGCUCUAAGUCACCCAAGGGUUCCAUCCAUUGAAUCCGUUGUUCAAAUUGACAUGAAUUUUACACCUUUGAAUAUACGAUUAUUAGGAGCUCAUCAACCUUUAUCGGCGGGACGACGAUAUGAUCUGCUAUGUCAGAGCGCGGGCUCACGUCCCCCAGCUGUGAUAACGUGGUGGAUAGAUGGUAUUCGAUUAGAAAAAACAACGGAAACGACUUCAAGCGAUGGAAAUCAAACAACCAGUACCCUUUCCAUAUCAUUUAGUAAAACUGAUGACGGGAAAUUGCUGACGUGCAAGGCUUACAAUCACGCAAUUCCCUCAGAACCUCUAGAAGAUGGAUGGAAGCUAGAUAUUCAAUACAUUCCAGAGGCUUACGUCCGUUUAGGGACUUCGUUAAUAUCAAGCGCUAUUCGGGAAGGUACAGAUGUUUAUUUCGACUGCUUGGUCACUGCACACCCGCCAGUUUAUAAAGUCGAAUGGCAACAUAAUGACAAAUCAUUGCCGCGUAAUGUGUCACAGGGCGUCAUUGUCAGCAACUACUCCUUAGUUCUGCAAGGCGUUUCAAAGUCUACCGCCGGCAAUUAUACAUGCGUUGGUUUUAACAGCGAAGGCGAAGGGACAAGUGCACCAUUCUCAUUAAACAUCUUAUAUGCUCCCACAUGCCUUCCAAAUCAGCCAAGAAUAUACGGAGUAGCAAAACAGGAGGACGCAAAAAUCAGGUGUUCUGUAGACUCCAAUCCUCCCGACGUUGAAUUCAGCUGGACUUUUAAUAAUUCUGCCGAAAGUAUAGACGUCGCAGCCAACCACAUUUCGAGAGCAGGCACAACAUCUGUUGUGACUUACACCCCCAUGACGGAGCUUGACUAUGGAACACUUCUUUGCAUAGCAACGAACAAAAUCGGAACCCAACGAACGCCCUGCGUUUUUCACAUAAUUGCUGCAGGACGCCCGGAUCAGGUGCACAAUUGUAGUUUAACUAAUAUUUCGAUGACUUCACUCACUGUAACAUGCAUUGACGGAUUUAACGGAGGUCUUCCGCAGCUUUUUAUUUUGGAGCUGAUUGAUUCCCAAACGAGCGAAAUUAGAGCAAAUAUAACAUCAACUACGCCUAGAUUUACCGUGUCCACAUUAUUACCGGGGGGCACGUAUACUUUACUAAUGUACGCCUUUAACUCGAAAGGAAGAUCCGAUCCUACUGUUUUGACUGCAGCUAUGUUAAAAAUGCCCGAAAAGCAAUUAACAUCAGAACCAGACAUGGGUCUUUUCAUUUUUCCAGCUAAAAAUAUGCAAACCGAUUACUUGGUUUCGCCAAUGAUUUCGUUGACGGUAGGAUUAACAUUAGCUGUAAUGGUCGCUGGAUUAGCUGUCGUUUUAGCUUUACGAAUUCCGUGCAACAACUCGAGACACUGGCAAAAAGAAUUCAGAAACGAACGGGCAAAUCGUAAUAUUUCCCCGGGACAAAGUGAUAAAAGCCUUGAAAGUAAAGAAGCAGACGACAACGAAAUUGAUGAAAAAAAUCCAGACGUUGUGCCUGAAUUAGAUGAUCCCAGUGACAAGAACGUUUCUUCGUACAUGUAUUCGCAUUCAAUAGCCCAUUGUACACUACCAAGGCUGCCCAACCAGCAAUUAUUGUCCAAUUUUGGCGGAUCAGUUCCGGGUGCCUUCCCUUCCUUACAUCAACUAGCGCUUCAAGCACCUGUGGAUAUACAACCGAGAAUGGAUGCUUUCACUACAUCCAAUAACUCACCGUUACAUAAUUCUAACGUAUGCGACGUCAAUGAACCUCCGGAUAUUCAAUACAUUAGCCAACAACCACCACAACGAAAUAGGAAACUCUUAGAAAUAGAAAGUAAUACUGUGCAUAUUUUGAAACCAACCGGUUUAUUACAUAAGGAAAUUGCAUUUCAAACUCCUUUCAUGAUUAAACGGGAGAGCAAUGUAUGACUAUAGGAGUACCACAGGGUUCUUGACACUACCCUGUGAGUUUUGAAUUGACUACAAAUUCUUGAUUUAGGCGUAUAUGCACUUUUGCAGAGGUUUUGUUUUAUUUCGUCCGGUCAACGUCAGUGUUGAACCAGGGAAAAAUCAAAAACAACUACUAUACACGAAUUCGA